AUGGUCAUUCAGCACAUCACCUCCGGUGCUGAGGAGCCCAAGACUCCUGAGUCCAGUGGCUGUGGCUCUGAGUCAAAUGCCUCUGAAACUGCACAUGAUACCCGCAAGAAUGGCAUCAAGCAUGUCGAAUAUGUCCCUCGCGACCCUAGUACUCCUGAUCAGAGUACUUCCGGACAUAACACCCCAGAAUCACAAACUAAACCGAAUGGAAGCGGCUACCAGCCGAGAUAUCCUCGGCGUGCGGAUCGCAUAAAUCAAGCCAUUACGGCUAAGAACGCCCAGUGCUUCUUUGACCACUCAUGUUCUAUCUUUGUUGGAAAUCUGUCUACCAAAAUUGUUCCUGCACGUAUGGAGGAAGACCUAAUCAAGACAUUCUCCGAGUUUGGUCAGUGCUGGGUCAAAGUCAAGGAAGGCAGACAGAAAGCCCUACCUGGCGCGUUUGUGGUAUUUGAUAACCCCGAGUCUGCACAAAAGGCCAUCGAGCAGUACCCCGGGAUCCAACUGCAUGAUCGCACACUGAGGGUUGAACCUGCUGCUUGUAAACGCGACGCCAUCAUUGGACACCACUCCGGACAGCCCAUUACUGAGUACGACAUUGCUUACGCCCUCAACAGCUGGGGUUCUCUUGAGAACGUCAUCAUCGAGCAGUCACUGAACUCAGGCGAGCCUCUUCAGGUAGGCCGAGUCACUUUUGCCUUCCUCGGCGACUACGAGGAAGCUGUCAAGGAUUAUUCCGACGAAACCUUCUAUCUGCAUCCCCCCAUGGAUUCCCAGAGAUCUCCGGGCAAUCAGGCCGGGCGAGCCAAUAACCAAAUGGCACCCCGUGGCAACGGCCAGAGAUUCAACAACAACCACAAUAACCGUCCCAGAGGUGGUCGUCAGUUCCCGCCUCGUGGAGGUAAUGCCCGCAGUAACUAUGGUGGAAGCAAUCGAUACUCCAACGGCUACGGAAAUCAUCAGAACAUGAACGGUCCAACCUCCCCAAACGGUUACAAUGGCCAGGGCUUCGCAAACAAUAACGUUCCAGCCGGCUUCCCGAUCAACAACUUCCCGAACAAUCACUUCCCUGGCCACGGCUACUCCAACAGCAGUGGCUUCCAUCAAAACCAUCCAAACAAUUUUCAAGGCUAUCCCAACCAAGGCUUCCCGGCUCCAGGUCCUUUCCCUGCUGCCCAGCCUAUGAUGUUUAACCCCCAGAUGCAAUUCCAAGAAGGCCCUCCUGCACCAUACUACACUGCCGAGCCUUUCCCGCCGGUUUACCCUUUCAUUGUUCCCAACCAACCCGGCUUCCUCCCACAACCACCUCUGCAACACAUGCCUCAGCAAAUGCACAUGGCUAACGUGGGUCCUGGUUCUGGUUCAUAUCUGCCUCCCAUCACGACUGGCCCUCUCAUUGUCUCCAGUCAACCAAUGCAUGACAUACAACCUAACCAACAUUCACCACCAUACUACCCAGAUUCAUACAUGGCUGACAAUGGAUACACUGGCAUGCAAAACGACUGGCACAGCCCCUCAACUGGCUAUGGUUUGCAAGAGGGGUACACCCACAAACAACCUAUUAACAACCUGCCCGGCUUGCACCGAGAGACCGCUUCCAGCUGCCGAUCUAGCAGUGAUAGCACUGCCCCCAGCAGCCCUAAGGAAAAGGGAUGUGAGCGCCCCAAGCGCCAGGGUCCAAUAAUUGACUCCGAGAUUCCUCGUCUGAACCCUGUGCGCCAUGCUGACACCGAUGGAAGUUCUGACCUUCCCCCUACUCAACCUGAUUACUCUGAGAGUGGUAUCGUCACUGCCACACCUUCCGAGCCUCUGGGUGAUGUGGAAAAGGAAGACGACACGCAGACUGCUGUGAGCGAGCCUGUUCAGAGCUCGCGCGAUACCGUUGAAGCUCCAGCUCAGGAUAAGAAGGAAAAUCCAGAUGAUGAAGCGCCCAAGGACGAGACCAAGCAGCUGCUGGCAGCCCCGCCCAGUGUUGAACAAGUUGCUGAUCGGAAGGGCAAGGGAGUGCUCCGCUCCAUCACUCCCAAACUUGAGUCCAAGUUGAUACCCACUAUUCCCUUGCAUGCUAAGAGAGCUGCAUACGGAGAAGGAAAAGCGGCGAGUCUGGAAUCUCCAACUAAGACCGACCCUUUCGAUUCGACUCCAACCAAGACGCCGGCCAAGCCUGAGGCCUUUGCAUCGACUACCAUUAACACUCCAACUAAGACUUUAAUCAAGGCUGAGUCCUCUGCAUCGGCAGCCCCCAAGACGCUAGCUCCAACCGAGCCCAAGAAAGCAGUUGCCCUCGAGAUACCCACCACAGUUGAGCCCCAGAGAACUAUUCCCAGAUACUCUGCCACAGCGAGCUCCUGGAGAUCAGCCGCUCCCGCCUCCAUAAAAUCUCACAGUCCCAAGUCAGUAACUGCCCCAAAGCCACCCAGUGCCUUUACCAAUGUCGAAUCCCAGGAUCAACCAGUUCCAAAGUUCCUCCCUACCGCUAAGCCCGGGGAAAAGUCCUCCUCCAAUCUUCCGAGCAAGCCACCCGCCCCCGAUCUAACCAGAGAUGUCACCACGGGCAAUUCUCAGGCGCACGAGGACGUCAAGGGAAAGGGCAAAGCUUCAGAGACAGAGCAGGAGGAAGAGAAAGAGGAAGCAUCUGAACCAGCAGCAAAAACCAAAGAGGAGCUUUGCGUCGAAGAGGAAAUACGAAUGGAUGCACUUAUCCGCGAGCGUUUUGCUAACCGCACGCCCCUGCCACAAGAUUUUAUGCCCAAGGAAUAUGCUAUGGAGGAAAUUGUAAUGGACAAGGCAACGGAGCUGGAGAUUAGUUUGGAAGAGGCGUGGCUGCUAGCAUUCAUCAUGGAAAUGGAGGAUGAACAAAGGAAGAAAUACGUCAAUGCAGAUGAUGCUGACGAAGAGACCCCAAACGAGGAAACCGCCAACCAAGAGAACGCCAAUUAUGAGGAUUCUCCUCCUCCUACUCCUGCGCUCACGAACGGUCCAUCUGCUUCAUCGCGGGAUGAGGAUGAGCCGAUCAAUGUUUGGGACGAAGAAUGGAAUGACCACAACUAA